UUAUAGCUGUAUAAUAUUCCAUAAAGCCUAAGGCCCCACCAGAACAUUUAUUCUGUUUACAGUUACAACGGACAACAACCAUGAAUGACACUGUUAAAGAAAAAGCAAGUACCCUAGGAACAUCCACAGCUCUGUUGAGAGGUGUUGCUGGGGGUGAUGAAGAACAUGAGAUAUUGGAAUACUUCCCUCCGUGGAAACUUCAGGACUUUGGCCUUGGACGUGGUAUUAAUGGAACCGAUCCGCAACCCUGGGUUAACAAGUUAACUCUCCAAGUUCGUGAUAUUGUUCGUGAAGAUUUGAGAGCUAAAUCAACCUCGAGUGAAAAACCGCAGAAGAUGUUUAAGAGCAACUUGAUAGGUACAAACGAGGGUGGAGUAGUGCAUCACUUUGUUCAAGAGGUGACGAAUAUUAAGGAGCAGAAAGCCAAGCUGGAUACUUCGAUAACUGUCCCGAAUUCCCCUGUGUCAGUAGGCAUCGGUGCUGAAAUGUCUCGUAGUUUAACCACCACUCAGAAAGCCAUUGGACGUAGAGUGAUCAAUCGAACAGUAUCAUUCACAAUGGAGUACAAUGAUGCUGCUGAAGAACAACUUGCAAGGCAUAUAAUUGAGUGUACAGGGAUUGGAGAAAAAGUCGUCAGUGGCUCAUUCAUGGAAACGUUAGAAGGAUUAGAGAAGUCAGUACGUGAAGAACACUUCAAAAGAUUUGUCGAUCGUUACCGUAUAACACACUAUGUGAGCUCGAUUUCACUGGGAGCAAGCACUUUCACUGUACAGUCAGAGUCUGAAUACAACAAGUUAGCGAGUGUGGGUGGAAAUAUUGGUGUACAACAGAUUGCACAAGCUAAAGUCUCCACUUCUUACGUCGAUAAAAUAAUGAAGAAAUCUAAAAAUGUCCAAAAGGUUGGCAAGCUCAGAGAAAAUGGGACUGUCGAGAAAGAGGCUGUAGUGGAUGUGAAGAUGGAACCAAUCAGUAGCCUGUUUCAGAGUGAUGAAUUCCGUCGUUGUAUGCAGAGUGUGCUGACAGCUUUCUUUCGGGAAAAGGACUAUGGAAAAGAGGGUCCUUAUCUUAUCUCCUGCCAUGAUGGUACCAUCUUUCUAAAAGUUGUACAAGAUGAGAACGACCAUGCUUUUGUCUAUGCCACUACAAAAACCGAAGAUGCUUCAUAUUUCUAUAUUGUUCUUACCGACGAUGGCAACAAUCCGUAUGAAUUCUAUAUAGGGUGGCAGAAAUCCGAGGCUACAAAUAAGCCUGGAACAAUGCGAUACUUGAACGCACCUCUCUCUAUUUCCGGCUACAACAAUGGCCCAUUAACACUCGAAAGUCUGGGAAAAAAACAAAACAGCAUCUUCUCUGUAAACAGCCGAUUGAUGGACUCUUUCUGUGGGCUACUUUUGCGUCUACAAGGCAGCAACAAUGUUAAUCCCGAGAUAUGGUUCAAAGGCUUAGAAUCGUUUUUUAUCAGAUGCAGUAGGAGAAGAUUUGGUGUUGAUGGAUAUUUUGCUGUUCAGAGAAAUGCAGGUCCUGCCAGAGAGCAGUAUAGAACAAUCUGCAAAGCUGAUGCAAGUGAUAGUCACAACCGGCAUAUUCACAUGACAUUUCAGCUCCACCCAAAAGACAAAAAAACAGACAAUCACGAUACGACUGUUACAAUGAAAAAUGAUGAGACACAAGCAUCUUCAAGAACUGAGAUACAAGGUCAUGAGCUAAUCCAAGAAAUUCAACAUGACUAAUCUGAUAGACUAGCUAGAGGAGGAUUGAACAUACUCACUUAGUUUUCACACACUUUAUGUAAUGUAUUUUUAUAUACCAUUACACGUAUAUAUGACAAACUCC